AUAAUCAAGAAAGAUUAACAAAAAAAUUAUGUCAAAAAACUAACAAAAAUUUUACAGAUUUUAGUGAAUAUUAUGAUUCAAGUAAUGAAGAAGAUAGUUUAAAUAAAAUUAAUCAAUAUUUAGCUUAUAAA